CUUCCCCCCCCCCACCCUUCAAUCCUGCCCUCCCCCCUUCCUUAACCACCCCUUUACCCUCCUAGUAACCCUUAUCCCUAAUACCCCCUCUCUGUCCCUUCCCACAAAUAAAGAUCCCCUCUCUCUGCCCCCCCUACAAAUAAAGACCCCCUCUCUCUGUCCCUCCCCACAAAUAAAGACCCCCUCUCUCUGACACCCCCCCAACUAAAGAUCCCCUCUCUCUGACACCCCCCCAACUAAAGAUCCCCUCUCUGUGUCCCUCCUCACAAAUAAAGAUCCCCUCUCUCUGUCCCUCCCCACAAAUAAAGACCCCCUCUCUGUCCCUCCCCACAAAUAAAGACCCCCUCUCUCUGUUCCCCUUACAAGUAAAGAUCCCCUCUCUCUGCCACCCCUACAAGUAAAGAUUCCCCUCUCUCUGCCACCCCUACAAAUAAAGAUUCCCCCCACUCUGCCACCCCUACAAAUAAAGAUCCCCUCUCUCUGCCACCCCUACAAAUAAAGAUUUCCCCCCCCUCUCUGCCACCCCUACAAAUAAAGAUCCCCUCUCUCUGUCCCACGUAAAUAAAUCUCCACCUAAUAAAUCUCCUCUCCUGUGUCCUCCUAAUAUUCUCCUGUGUCCCUCUAGCAUUUACCCCCUCCUCUCUCUGUAUUCUAUUAACAACCCUGUCUCCCUCUGACACCUCCUCUCUCAUUCUCGCCGUCACUGACUCUUCUUCUCUCUGUGUCCCUGACUCCCCCCCCCCCACUCACUCUGUGUCCCUGACUCCCCCCCCACUCACUCUGUGUCCCUGACUUCCCCCCCCACUCACUCUCUCUGCGUCCCUGACACCCCCCACUCUGUGUCCCUCUCCCUGUAAUCACCCCCCUUCCCCCUCUGUGUGUGUGUCCCCCUGACACACCCCCCGUGUCCCCUCCCUGUAAUUACCCCGUUCCCCCUGUGUGUGUGUGUGUGUCCCUGAAACCCCCCCCUUCCCCCUCUGUGUGUGUGUGUCCCCCUGAAACCCCCCCCCCGUGUCCCUCUCCCUGUAAUUGCCCCCUUCCCCCUCUCUGUGUGUGUCCCCCUGACAACCCCCCGUGUCCCUCUCCCUGUAAUUACCCCCGUUCCCCCUCUCUGUGUGUGUCCCUCUCCCUGUAAUUGCCCCCUUCCCCCUCUGUCUGCCCCUCCUCAGUAAGAGUUACCUCUCACUCCUUCCUGGUCUCCAUUACGUGCUUUGUGCCUGACGAAUCAUCUCUGAAAGGGGGAGGGAAAGGAAAGCAAGUCGAUUUUUCUUUUUUUUAAAACGAAAAGACAUUUGUGUUGGGGGGUGGAACGUUCUCGUUUAUGUUCUUUCUUUCAAAUUUUAUUUUUGUUUUCAACAAAAAAAAACACCCUUGGCCCGAAAUAUAAAUUUUAAAAAAAUUCCGUCGUCGGAAAUGGUGAGAAAAUGUCGGGCUCUGCGUUGAAACAAGAGCUCAAACUCCUAGAGUCGAUCUUCCACCAGAGACACGAGAGGUUCCGCAUCGUGUCCGGAUCCCUGGACGAGAUCAGCUGCCAGUUUAUCACCCAGGAGCAGAUCCUAAUCAUUCACUGUAACAUCACGGAAUCCUAUCCCUCAGUGCCUCCCAUCUGGUUUGUGGAGUCAGAUGACCCAAACCUAGCCGCAGUGCUGGAGCGUCUGACUGACAUUAAGAAAAGCAGUACACUGCUUCUUCAACACUUUAAACGAAUAAUCUCUGACCUGUGCAAACUUUACAACCUUCCGCAGCACCCGGAUGUGGAAAUGUUGGAUCAGCCUUUACCAACGGAACAGAGCACCCGGGAUGACGUGACAUCCGAGGAGGAAGAUGAGGAGAUGGCGGAGGACAACGAGGAUCUGGAUCAUUAUGAAAUGAAGGAAGAAGAGCCCGCAGAGGGCAAGAAAUCAGAAGACGAAGGCAUUGGGAAGGAGAACCUGGCUAUCUUAGAGAAGAUAAAGAGGAACCAGAGGCAAGAUUAUCUAAACGGGGCAGUGUCUGGUUCUGUUCAGGCCACUGACCGACUAAUGAAAGAGCUCCGGGAUAUUUACCGGUCGGAGAGUUUUAAAGCGGGAAACUAUGCUGUUGAACUUGUCAAUGACAGUCUAUACGACUGGAACGUAAAGAUUCUCAAAGUUGAUCAAGACAGUGCUUUGCAUAAUGACCUCCAGAUCCUUCGCGAGAAAGAAGGAAUCGACUUUAUUUUGUUAAAUUUCUCUUUUAAAGAUAACUUUCCUUUCGACCCACCCUUUGUAAGAGUGGUUUCUCCAGUUCUGUCCGGAGGCUAUGUCCUUGGAGGAGGUGCAAUUUGCAUGGAGCUCCUGACGAAACAGGGCUGGAGCAGUGCUUACUCUAUCGAGUCUGUCAUAAUGCAGAUUAGUGCAACGCUGGUGAAAGGAAAAGCAAGAAUUCAAUUUGGAGCCAAUAAGUCGCAAUACAGCCUCACGCGGGCUCAGCAGUCCUACAAAUCACUGGUUCAGAUUCACGAGAAAAACGGCUGGUAUACCCCACCCAAAGAGGACGGCUAGCCUUGCAGGUGCCACACGCUUCAGGACCAACUUAAGCUGUACUGAUUGGGAAAACUCCAUCUUAUCGAUAGCUGCCUCUUUCCCUGAGAGACGAAUGGGCUUCAGCCGGAACCUUGGAUCAUAUACUUAUUAUAAAUUAAACCCUGUACAUACAAGUAUACAUCUGUACACACAUGGACAAAUACUGCAAACCCUUUCUCUUGCCAGGCCCCGUGUACUGGGUAUCCUGCUCCUGCAGACUCUUAAAUCCACUUCAUAUAAACUGGAUUUUGAAUAGAUUUGGAUCAAUUUUUGCAUCUAGUUUUUUUUUUUGGCCUCCCCUCACCUCACUCUAACUAGGUAUCAACGUGGACGUUUAAUUUAUUUUUUCCCUAUCUUCACAUGCACCUUUAUCUUUUUUUUUUGUUUAAAAUGUAUGCUGGUUUUGUGAAGAUGUGUAUCUUUCUGAACUGAUAAUUACAGUUUAUUAAUGACUGCA